UUGCUAUCCUAUUUAUUUUAGUUUACACUUUUGCUACUGAGCAUGUUUCUGUAGCUCUUCGUAUAAAUAUGGAGUAAAUAGGUAUUACUCAUAUUAAAUUCAUCAUACAAAAACUCAUCGAUUUCCUGAAAUGUAUGUAGUCCAAUUUAAAGAAAAGGUUAAGUGUUUUAACAGUACAGUAUGUAAUUUGAAUCAAGUUAAUAAAAAGUAAAGUGUUUUAGAUGUUAUAAAGCGAAACUAUCCGGAAGUGAGAUACCUACCUGGAUUAGAUGACACAAGUUGUUUUUGAAUACCAGGCUUUAAAGAUUACGACGGGUUAAAGCGGUAAAUGAAAACAAAUAUGGAUUAUUAAACGUGCCGACAAAACAAUGAGAAAGGGACAUGAUUGAUUACAGAACCUUCGAGCAUCUUUGGGAAAGUAUUAAACAGAACUCUGAAGAAGAAUUCGUUCAAUGUCUUGAAGAAAUAAAAAUAGGCUUUAAAAAACAAAAAUGGUGCUACGAUUUGAUAAAUCAAACAAUACCACUUUGUAUUCUGUAUAAUAGACCAAGUCUUAUCCAUUUAUUCUUUGUCACUCUUCAGAAAACUUUGAAAAAUUUCUAUUUUGAAGACUCGAUGUUUCACAUCGCGUCCAUUUGGAGCAAAAUACAUUUUGAUUCUUUGAUUCAUCUGUCAAAUGUUUUUCGGUAUACGAGAUGCACAGAAGAACUGCAAAUUAUACAGCAAUAUCUGUCUAACGAGCCGCGAAAAUGGCGUGGGUAUUCAACACCUCGACAAAAUACAGCUUUAGUAUCUUUGUCAGGAUCAGAAGAGCUCCGUUGCUUGUUUGCAGCACUUUUUGAAAUAGGACGCAAUGCGGAAGUUGAAACUAACGUAUUACUCGACCAUGCUGUGUUAUUGCAACAAAGCUACCAUGUUCCCCCUUUCCGGAAUCACUUGCAGGAUUACAACUUGAGCUGCAUCUUAAAAAGUAUAAUGUUGAAUGUAUGUCGUGUGUCAGACUUCCUUUCAAUCGCAUUCAAAUGCGGAAUGGAUAUCAAUGUUCUUGACGAUAAUAGUGCAAUUUCAUUUGUGAUGUUAUACUUCGGAGCGAGGGAUAUAUCUGGAACCGACAUUUACAAAAGAAUCAGCAUUUCAGCUCAAGCCUCGGCUAAACUGUUUAAGGCAAACCUUUAUUUAAACCCAAACGUAGGGUUAACUCAUACUGCAAUAUUGUUCAAAGAAGCCUUGAUGCGCGAUGAAUGGGAGUUUUCACGAAUUAUAUAUUCAGCAACCUUUGACGAAUUUAUUCCUGAUUCAUUUGUGUAUCUACUCAUCCGCUGUGGCUUAAAUUUUCCACACCAGCAACUGGAAGCACCUUCAACGUAUGGCAAUAUCAUAGAGAAAGGUUUUGGAGUUAAGACACUCCAAGAGCAUUGCAGAUCAACACUUCGUCGACAUUAUCGAGGAAGAGCACUCCAUCGGGCGAUGAAUGCUCUUGCUGUGCCAAGGUCAAUUCGAGAUUUUAUACUGAUAGAGGAAUUCAACACACUAAAUAUAUGAAGUAAAUUGAGUUAGUACAAUGAAUAUGUAUGCAUUAUGGACCAGUUACCCAUCAUUGCGACACGUUCAGACCGAUUGGUGGAGGUUGUCCAGUUGAUCCAUUGGAUAAUGCAAGCAUGUCCAUAUAUUUAUUUACAAAACACAAUGCUGACUGUUCGAGUGACAACUGGCGAAUAAUCAAAUGCAACUUUUAUUCGAGACAAAAAUACAAUCAAUAAUGUUUUAAAUAUAAAAUCACACAUGCUACAAUAUCAUAGUUGUUACGCUUUUAACCCAAGUAAUUAUGUUGUUGAUGUAAAAAUGUCAAAGUACAAAACUGCAAAAGGUUCAUUUCACUGACGCUGUCUCUCUAGCUAAGUUUUGAUGAUGAACUUUGCUUAUCUUAAUUCAUAUUCGGAGACCAACAAUUAUUUAAAUUCAUUUUGUCAAAUGAAUAUAUAAAGUUGAUUCGAUGUAAUAAAUGUGUUUUCUUUAGUAUGAGUCGGAUUUGAGACUAUUCGAAAUCACAGGCAAUGAAUCAGAUUUUUCCAUUUGUUUUACGAAAAAAAAUGUCAGCUUCAUAUAGUAAUAAAACUC